CCACACAAGCCACUGUUGUUGUGUGCACUUUCAACAUUCUCAAACAUGUAAAGUGCGAUGGAAGGGGGUUUAAUUUUUAUCUACAAGCUGGCAUCACUGUUGUGUUACGUGCGUGCAUGCAAGUCUAUAUAACUGCAAAAUUUACAAUCAACAGUGCAAGACAAGGAGCGUUCGAGGUGAAAUUCCUUGCAUUCCAAAGCUGGUUCAACCGUCCAGGUCGACCAGCACACAGCAUCCAGGUUAAGAAUGUCACUUUUGUGAUCGCUCGUCAAUGACAUGUGAAGAAUGCAGAAAUGCUUCAUCAUUGUCAGCCUAUAAAAUAGAAAGAAAUUGCUGGGAAUCCAAAUGGGUGACGGAAGCCCAUUAUGGCCCAGCAUCGGCAGCAAAAUAGCCAAUACGAAUUUUUGCCAUUAUGCGACGUCUUAUUCAAUAUAAUUUCAUUAGCAUCAUAUUUUUGUGACGUUGUAUUUGAUCUUGCUAUGGGAUAUGCUCUCGCUCAUCAUCCCUCAGCUCCAGCAGCACUUUUUCCCUUAAGUAUCUCCCUUGUUGUCAUUUCCCUUUUGCUAUCACAGGUGGUCAGUAUACGAUGGUACCUAUGGGGCGCAAGAGGUAAAUUAAAAAAUAAUGUGACAACAACUGACUGUGAUUUAAAUAAUGAAAAGAAGACUGGUAAUUGGACAAUGGGAUGGGUUUUGUUACUUCAUUCAACACAAGCUGGUGUACUUUGGCGUUACUUUAAACUUUUCAUUCCCGUUGAUUUGACUCAUGUUAAACAUGAGGUGAGAGAAUUGUGUGUUUUACGUUUAAUACAUGCAUUUUGUGAAGCAGCACCAAUGUUAUUAUUACAAUUAUACUUAUUGUCUGUUGGAAUUGAAAGAGAAAUUGAACUCGAUCAUGGAAUUGGAAAAGUUGAAACGGCAAGAGAUGAUGGAAAAUUAGAAAAAUUAACAACAGUCUCAGCUGGAUUAUCAUUGUGGAGUGUAUGUUGGGCAGUUGCAAGUUUCAGUAAAGGUGCAGCGCGUUUAAGAAAUUUGGAACGUUUAGUAUUGACAUGGCUUGGUGUAUUGGCACAAUUAUUUUGGCGUUUAGGAACAGUUAGUGCACGAGUUGGCGCAUUAAUUGCAUACGCAUCACUUUAUGGUGGUCAAUGGUUAAUUAUUGUAAUGGCCCUACAUUGGUUAUCAAUGUUAACAUGGUUAAUGCUAACGCCAGAUGGAUUAUUUCAUGGCGGUGAACGUCUUACAAUUUAUCGUAAAACAUUUUUAGCUUCGCUACUUGCAUUUGUCUACAUAUUUGUUUAUGUUAAUUUACAUGAAAUUAAUCAUCGUCAAAAGAUGGUGAUUUUUUAUACUGUGAUGUUCCUUGAGAAUAGUUUAUUAAUUGGUGUUUGGGCCGUUGGUGUCAAUAGAACUGAUAUUCAUCUCGAUCAUCGUCCUCGACCGGCUGUACUUAUUCUCACACUUUUAGCUUUAUUUUUCGGAGGUAUUUGCUUUAUGGGCCUCUAUUACAGAUUUUUUCACGUAAGACGUUUGAGAUACGAAGCGGGUGGACGAAUGAAUGGCACGAAUAUUGUAACAACAUUAAAUAAUCAGGAUAUUUCUGAUGCGAAAAACAUGAAUUAUAUUGAUGAUAAAAAAAUGAAUAUCAAUAAUGGCGUACGUGGAAUAAAAUGUAGCAACGGUGGAAUUCCCGGUGUGUUUAAUUGUCGUUUUGCAAAUCCAACAGUGACGAAUCCAAAUCGCAAAAAGAAAAAGCCUACAACAUUUGUUCCACCUCCAUCGCAACAUCAACAAAAUAAUGUCUCUUUAGCGUCAAUUGGCGAUAGUAAACAAUGGAUAAAUAGUAAUGUCAGUGCACGACAAUUGAUUCCAUUUUGGAAGAGGCCAUUAUCUCGCUCCAGCAUGGUUCAAGAUGAAGAUUCAUCUGGAGAAAGACAUGAGGCGGAUGUUGGUAUUGGAGGUUCAUUAAGUGUAAAUCUAAUUCAUGAGAAAUUGAGAGAGAAGAAACAACAGCAACUUCGUGAAUUGAGAGCUAUUCAGGAGGAAAUAAAACAGGGUAAAUUGGUACCACCACCUUCGGCAUCAACAUCUUCAUUCUCAUCAUCGCCAUCGGCAUCGAAUCAACAACCUCCGCCAAAUACAAAAUUACAUACAUCACCAAGUUCUCCAUUAUCAACAUCAGUGCCUGUAUUGCAUGAUCAAAAUGUCAUGUCCUCAUGGCCUCCAAUUAAAAUGCAUUGUCUUUUACCUCCACCGCCAUCGUCACCUUAUCAUCCCGCUAUAUAUUCCUCGAAUCAUUGGAAGGGACCACAAAAGGAUAGAGCAGAAACACCUGAAAUUCUUUUGGCACCACGUUGUCUUCCUCAUCGUUAUACUCAUUGGACAUCGCCUGAAAAUUCUACUCACAGACUACACAAUGGACGCGAUGACGAUGAAGAUGAUCAAAGUUCAAAAGGAGAAGAUAGAGAUAGAGAUGCUGGUGAAAUUAGUGAUAUGGAAGGUAGUCAAAUUUCAUUGCCUCGAAGUUACACAUUACCUCGUGAAUUUAAAUACAAUAAUUCCAAUCAUAACAUUAAAGGACGUCGAGGAUGUAGUAAAAUACUUCCAUCACGUUUUUAUCUACCAUCGACCAAUAGUUCAGAUGGAGAUGUAGAUAGCGCUGACAAUGAAAAUGAAACUGAUUCUGAAAUUUAUACAAGAACGCAAAAUAUUCAGAAUCAUAUUCAAAAAGAUCAUAAUCAAUUUUUAUUUCAAAAUGGUAAUACGGCAAAUUCAAAUCCUGAAAGUUCAUCAGGUUGUUAUACUAAUAUGUACAAUAUUCAACGAUCAAAUCAAUUGCAUAGAACAAAAGUAAAACACGAAACAAAGCUAUAACAAUUUUUUUUUUCUGUUAAUUUUUUGAAACUGAAUUUCCAUUUUUAGUUUCAGAAUAUACUUGAAAAAAAAAAAUGUCAAUUCUACUUAACCUUCAAGGUUUAAAUAACUAAUUAUUAUUCGACAAUAUUAACUUUUAAGUUAUUGUUUUAUAUUUAAAGCCGCCAAUUGUUUAAAUUACAUUUAAUGGAAAUCUUGAAUCUAAACCAAAACUUUAGUUUUAUGCUUUAAUUUCCUAAAUAUGUAAAUUAUUUCGAUUUUCUUUCACUUUUUUUAAAAUCAUUUUUUAAAUAAAAUGAAAAUCAUGAUAAAUACAUUGAGUAAAAAAAAAAUGAUCACUUUAAAUUAGAAUAAUUUAAAGCUCUUUUUCUCUACAUUCGCUAAUUUAUUUUCAUUCUAAAUAGAAUAAGUGUAUGGUGUUUAUGUUUUAGUAUUUUUGUAUUAUUAAACAUUUUUUAUAUUUCGAGAACAAAUAGACUUGAAUUUUUUUUUUCGAAUAAUAAUGUAUAAAUCGUAACUGAAAAUAUAUAUAAAUAUUUCAUAUUUUUUACAUAAAAUUAUAUCAAAAAUUUUUUGGUAUUAGAGUAAAAGUUCAAAUUUAUUUUGAAAAAAAAGUCUUUUAAAAUGUGAUUGUACACCUUUUGCAUGGAUACGGCAAUCUUACUUAAAAAAAAAAAAAUCCAGAAUUUGAAAAAUUUAUAACUGAAAAUCUUAUUCUGUUUUAGAAAUUCAAAAUACACUUUAAAAAAUCUUAUCGAGAGCAAUAUAUUUCUAUUUCGUUAUUGAUUAUUAUUGAUUGCCGUAUGCAUGAACAAAAGGUGCAUUUGGUACUUAAUUAUUUUUAAAUCAUAGUUUUAAUUAUACGAUGUAAUUAAUUUUUACAUCUAUGUACUGCUCUCUAUUUUAAGAGGAACAAAAAAAAAUUAUAUUUGUACUUUUGUAAAUACAAACUAUAAAAAAGCAAA